CUUCAGCUCUCUGGAGGCGCUGACGGUGACCCUGAUGGCACAAUGACAGCGAGAUAUAUAAGGGGGCGAGACCUGGCGGUGGCUACACUCCCUGGCGGCUCACGAUGAAGGCUGUGUUGAUUCUCAGUGUUGCUGCUGUGGCAACGGCCGAGUAUUUGGGCCCCUACGCCGGCGGACGUGGUGGAGCUGGAUUUGGCGGAGGUUUCGCUCAUGGUGGCGGCUUUGGUGGAGGCGGCGGCGUCCAUGGUGGCGGCUAUAGUGGUGGUGGGGGCUACAAACUGGUUGAUCUGAGUGCUGGUGGAAGCGACUACCACUUCUCGUGGCGUCACGAUGGAGGCAAGAAGUACGACUGGCACAGUGCCAACUAUUACUGCUCCAGUCUUGGCAAGGGAUGGCAGGGUGUCAGCAUCGAGAGUCAUGAAGAGGACAAAAUCAUCUCAAACGUCAUCUACCAAGACAAGCUGGAGUACAUCUGGACGGGAGGUUACCGUAGCGGCUACGACUUCGCCUGGCCCUCUGGCUACCCAUUCUACGGCCUCAACUGGUCUCACACCGGAGGUGAGGGACGUCCCCAGCCUGACAACCGUGAGAAUGGGAAGGAGUUCUGCCUGGCAGUGCUCAACAACUUCUAUAAAGAUGGCAUCAGAUGGCACGACGUCGCCUGCCACCACGAGAAGGCCAUCGUCUGUGAGCGCCGCCGCGGGGGCCACUAUGGCUGAAAAGCACCGCACUUCCUGCCAUCUUGCUGACGUCGACCGAUAAUGUUUUUUUCAGAACAGUAAACUAUUUCUUAUAAACUCAUGAAUGCAAAACUUAUUUCCUUUUAGAUUAUAAUAAAAAAGAGAUGUAUAUUUUA